AUGCAUUUUUGGGUUUAUGAUGAAGCUACCGCAUCUGCGGUAAUCAAGCUAAAGAAGGGCCAAUAUCGCAUUGUCGAUCCAAGUGGUUUGUUAAAGUUUGGAGAACGUGAUAUUCAUACUUUUUCACAUUUUCAGCUUAUUGUUGAGAAUGAAUUUUUUGAAGCUGCUGGCAAAAGUUUCACUAGAAUGGUUGCCACUAUAACUGAGAAGAAGCUAUUCAUUGUUUUGGGACUUACAAGGGCGAUAUUGUCAACUAAAAAUGAAAGUGUUGAUGAGAUUAAUUAUAAGUUAAUCGAACAAUUUUCUGGCGAGCAAAAAGUUUACUACAGUUUUGAUGAAGCAGAAGAUGACAAAAAUAACUUAUAUCCAAUGGAAUAUUUGAACUCGCUAAAUGUUAAUGAGAUAGCUGUUGGUCAACAUGUUGGAAAAAGAGUGUUUUUACCAAGAAUUCCUCUAUGUCCGUCUGACGAUGAGGUGUUCCCAUUCAAACUAAAGAGAAAGCAGUUUCCAAUUCAGCUUAGUUUCUCUAUAACAAUCAAUAAAGCUCAAGGACAAACAAUUCCAAAUGUAGGUGUUUUUCUACCAAAAUCGGUAUUCUCACAUGGCCAACUUUAUGUGAUGUUGUCCAGAGAAAUAUCACGUGUCAAUACCAAGGUAUUAGUAAAGCCGGAAAAAAUGUUUGAUAAUGAUGGAAUCUACACAUCAAACAUUGUGUACAAAGAAGUUUUAUGUGAUUAA